GGCUCAGCGGAGCCGAUAAAAGAACAAACGAAGAAGAAAACAGUGAUGCUACAAUGUCAGCUAACGCGGAGCUCCGGAUGGACCAGCUACCUUCGGACCCGCUGCUCCACAUCCUGUCCUUCUUGAGCUUCAGAGACCUAAUCCAUUGUAGCUUCGUUAGCAGGCGGCUCUGUGACUUGUCCAAACACAACCCCCUGUGGAGGACCCUCUGCUGCAAACACUGGCUCCUGACAGAGGCCGACCGGCUGCAGAGCGGGGCGUCCUGGCGCUGCCUGUUUCGUCAGUACUACGUGGACCUGGGCCGCUACUUGCAGUACUACCCGGUGCUGAAGAGGGCCUGGGAGCAGCUGAAGGACUUCCUGCAGCAGAGAUGUCCUCGUAUGAUUGCCUCCCUCAAAGAGGGCGCCACAGAGGUGGAGCUUGACGACAUUGAGGUUCAGAUCGGCUGCAGGCUUCCGGAUGACUACCGCUGCUCCUACCGGAUCCACAACGGGCAGAAGCUGGUGAUCCCAGGGCUCAUGGGCAGCAUGUCCCUGUCCAACCACUACCGGUCGGAGGUCCUGCUGGACGUGGAGACGGCGGCCGGAGGCUUCCAGCAGAGGAAGGGGAUGCGCCGCUGCCUCCCGCUCACCUUCUGCUUCCACACGGGCCUCAGUCAGUACAUGGCCCUGGAGCCCGCUGAGGGGCGCCGAGUGUACGAGAGCUUCUACCCCUGCCCCGACCAGACGGCUCAAGACCCUUCAGCCAUCGACAUGUUCAUCACAGGCUCCUCCUUCUUCCAGUGGUUCACCUCUUACGUCCACAACGUCGUCACUGGAGAGUACCCCAUCAUUAGAGACCAGAUCUUCAGGUAUGUGCAUGAAGACGGCUGUGUGGAGACAACAGGAGACAUCACGGUGUCUGUGUCCACCUCCUUCCUCCCGGAGCUGUCCUCGGUGCACCCUCCACACUUCUUCUUCACCUACCGCAUCAGAAUAGAGAUGUCCGUUGCUGCGUCUCCGGAAGCUUCCUGUCAGCUGGACAGCCGUUACUGGAAGAUUACAACCUCUGACGGCAACGUGGAGGAGGUGCAGGGUCCCGGCGUGGUCGGAGAGUUUCCAGUCAUGACACCAGGGAAGGUCCACGAGUACGCCAGCUGCACCACCUUCUCCACCCCGACGGAGUACAUGGAGGGUCACUACACCUUCCACAGACUGGCCAAUAAGGAGGAAGUGUUCCAUGUGGCCAUCCCUCGCUUCCACAUGAUCUGCCCCCCCUUCCGAGAGCCGCUGGUCCGAACGCAGAAGGUGGCGGAAAGCUACGCGUCUCGCUUUGACCGCGACGACGAGUUCUGCGACGAAGACGGCGACGACUUCGGCGACCCGAGAGGAAUUAAGAAGGCUGCCCGCGGUUCGGCCGACCUCAGGGAAACCUCGUCGUCAUGGAAACGCGACCGGCAAUAUGCAAAGAGCCAGAAUGAUUGACAGCAGCAGAUUCUGGGAAGGUAACCGUCAGCGGGACAGUCGCUUCCACUGGUUCCAACUGACAGUCCGAUGAGGUCAUUGUGGGACAACUUCCUGUUUCAGUGGCGAUUGUUUGUGUGUGAAACGAAAAUCUGUUAUUUGAUGGUUAAAGAUUCUCUUAAAGCUUUUUUCCGCUGCAGGAACCAAACACUCUUUAACUAUUUAUAGAUGAAUCUGCAAUUUCCUACAUUAAUUACAGUCUUCAAAUGUCUCGUCAGUCCAAUAUGAUUUAAAACAAGGCUUUUAUUAUUUGAUCCAAGAUGUUUCAGAUAUAUUUUACUGAAGGAAUGUUUUGAUAAUCAGGAGUUCAUGUACAAUUACUCUUAGAAAGUGUUGUAUUUAUACCUAUAACAUUUGACUUUCAUCAGGUUAAUGUAGACUUCCUGCAGUGGAAACUCGUGUGAUGGUAGGUUUUUUUCAUCGGUUACAAACUCAGUGUGAUGAUCUAUUAGAAGCUGGGCUUUUAUUUUGAAAAGUGUUUCCUUUGCUGUGCUUAGCAUUGUUUUUUCUUAUUCGAUGCAUCACUAUCAUGUGAUUGGCUGUUUCCUUUUUGGUAUGUCUUGGGUUAAAUAAAUAACAAAUAUCCA